UGUGUGUUGUGAGGGAGGAGUAGGUCACGUGACCAAUACUUCCGGAGUGUUGUGGUUUGAGUCUUGUUAUUCUGAGUGUUUAUGUGUCUGGUGUGUGUUUCUUGUGUGUACACGUCUCCUCUACCUCACACACACACUUAGUGGCCACCUGUGGCCCUCACCUGGCCACCUCACACCUUCCCCGUCACUCCUCCAGCACCUACACAUAGGCCGCCCAGGAGAGGCCUACACAUCCACCUGUCAAAAAGUUUUUCCAAACUCAUUAAGGUGUUGCUUGAGUGUGAGGUGCUGGGCUUGACGUCCACCACUCAGGGAUAGUUGAGGGUAGUGUAGGGGUAAUAUAUAGUGAAGAUGCCCACACAGACACCCAGCAGCAAGGUGGCUACGGGAGAGCCAGCAGAAAUUCGUGUCAAAAUCGCCUAUAGUGGAGAAGUCUACAUCACCUACAUCCAGCCAACACUUGAGGUUGAGGCGCUUGAGCAAGAGAUCCGUGCCAUAUGCAAGUUUGAUCCCACCCAAGUGUUCACCGUCAAGUGGGUUGAUGAGGAAGGUGACCCUUGUACUAUCUCAUCGCAGCAAGAGCUGGAUGAGGCGGUUCGUCUUUAUGAUCUUAACAAGGACUCUGAGCUAGCAAUUCAUGGUGAGUACAGUACUGUAUAAUCUUUAUCUUAAUUCUUCAUGUAUUGUACUGUAGGUAAUAUUAAGAGUCCUUAAACUACACUUCCUGGAAAUCUGAAGAGGUUGGUUCCAGAUCAGCAAUGAAACUAAAUGUGUUUCAUUCACUGCUCAGUCCAAGAGAGGGUGACUAGUAAGUUUACUCCCAGUCAUUUAACUCUUGAUAAUUUUGCUCCCAGUAAUUUAACUUCUAAUCAGUUUUAUUGCCAGUAAUUUCACUAUGUAGAAAUAAAUACAAUAAUAAAAAAUUAAAACAUAAAACCAUUUAUCUGAACCACUUCUUGAAACAUUAAAAGCAUAUUUAAAACAUUGUUUAAAAUAAUAUAUGGUUAGGUUAGAUUAGGUUAGGUUACGUUACAUUUUGUUAGGUUAGAUUAGGUUAUAACAAGUUUUUUUUUAACACCCCAGCCAUCUCCCACUGAGGCAGGAUGACCUGAAAAAGAAGAAGAAACCCUUUCGCCAUCAUCCACUCAUAUCACUGUUUUGCCAGAGGCAUACUAAUACUAUGGUUCAGAUUCCCCUCCAGACUGUAAAUAUCCCCACCCCUCCAGAGUGCAGGCACUGUACACCUCACCCAGAACUUGAGUCCAGCUAACCGGUUACCCAGAAUCCCUUCACAGAAAGUUACCUUGGUCUCAUACCAACAGCUCGUCAUGUUACGGCAAAAUGUCCAUAAGUUAGUCCACCUGGGUGUGCAUUUUGUGCUGGUCAUGAAUCUAGAAGUUUUGACGAUAAAUCAUCUGUGUGUUAAUUUUUACCCCUGAAAUACUCCUCAGCGUGAAAUUCAUCAUUUUGUAUCUAGCUCUGACUGUCCAGGAAUGGUGCUGCAGCUUCAUAAAUUAAUGGAAAAUAAAUUUACAGCCUCAGAAAUCCUCAGACUCCUCAAAACCAUUGAAGAUGGAAUUUUUGAACAUCCAUUCAGUAAGAAAUAAAUUAUGCAUGUUAUUAAAGUUUUUAAUGAGUUUUCUCUUGAUAUUCUGUUUUUGACAGAAACAUGGUUGUCGGAAUCUGACAGAGCACUUGUUGCAUUCGCUCUCCACAGGUCCUUAUCAGUUUAUCAUAUUUCCUGG